GAAAAUUUACAUUGGGCGUUUGAAAUAAAACAAUGUUGAAAUAUUGACCUUGGCACAGCACUAGCUCUUGAAGUGAGUAAAAAAUCCGGUAAGCAUUAACUAACAGCGAUAAGAAACAAGUACAGUAGGUGGCUCAAUGGCGUUAUCACCUGUGGCUAAUUAUAUAGCUACUAAUAAGUGAUAGAGGCCUGAUACAAUCAGUUUUAGGUUGACUUGUGUCCUACAUAAGUUCGCUCCAACAUUUUCACAACACGUGAGGCAGAAAAAAGGUUUUCUAAUGAGUGCCUGUGUUUCAGCAGCCCAAACAACAGCAGUGCACUGCCUCCUCAGAAUAGAAACCUCCUUGUUUUCACCUGUGCUUAGUUUGGUUAGUUCCUCGCACCUGUGCUCAUCAUGUGUAUUCAUACCCCUCAGUUCUUUGUAAUCUUUUUGCAAAGGAAUGGUGCAACGUUAGUUUGGGCUAAGUUUUCCUUUCCUUCAUAGCUAUAGUUAUAUUUACUGUGUUUAGCCCUCUCGACUGUUUAUCUUAUGCACUGGCCUUUGGAUUGUGUCUAUUACCCUGUCAGCACGCUAGCGAACCUUGGGCUUUACCUUAUGCUUUCAUAAACUCUGCACUUGGAUCCCAACCCCCAGUGUGUAGUCUCGUAACACUAAGGUGAUUGGAGUGUAGAAUUGUGACCACCUUCAAUUGCAGCCAAAGUAUAUGCCAUAAUGACUUAAGAAGCAAAGAACAAUCCCAAUAGGUAUUCCAGCAUUUUGACUUUAAGAACAUAAAAAAGCCUAUCCCCCUACACAUUUUCAAACACCUACACCAAAGUAAGUCUGCUUUCCACGCAGAAACUCGUGGUACCCCAAAAUCAGGCAUGUGAUGUUUGCCCCCCAGGUCCUGCCCAAUUGUUGUUUCACCGCAUACGAGAAAUAAGUGAACCUUGGACACAGCAGCUCCUGGUUUACAUUACAUAGAAGAGUGUAACCCAACACCAUGCCACUCUGCUCCUUGGAAUAUACAGGAGUGUACGUUCAUGUUCCAGAGCAGUGUUUUGGCAGACAAUCUCCAGUGACCAUUCCAAUUUUCAUCCAUUGGCUGAACAUCUGGCAAAGAUUGAGGUUAUUUAUCGAUUGGGACUUUCUGGGUGACAGCUCCACCUAAACAUGCAUCCUCCAGCCCUGGCAACAUGGAUCCUGCUGCUGGCUGGUCUGCUUCCAGCCCAGGGAGGGAAGGUGUUGGUGUUCCCACUGGACGGGAGCCAUUGGGUGAACAUGAAGGUUCUCAUCGAAGAGCUCCACGCCAGAGGCCACAACAUCACAGUCAUUCGACCCUCGGUCAACUGGUACAUCAAGGCAGAAUCCCCUUUCUAUACAUCGGUCACACUCGAGACCAACGCUGGACUCGACCAAGAGGUCUUCGGUUCGUUUGUGAAGAGAACGCUGGAUUUACGGCGUCAAGGAGGAUCCGUUUGGUCUCGUGUAGCCUUGGAGAUCGAUCUUGUGAAACAGUUCUAUUACAUUAAUAAAGAUCUGGUCGAGGCGAUGGGGAAAACGUUUGAGAACGAGGAGCUCAUGAAGGAGUUCAGAGAAGCAGAGUACGAUGUGGUUCUGUCCGACCCAGCCGGUGGUGGAGGGGCACUGAUUGCACGUAAACUCGGCCUUCCUCUAGUCUUCAAUGUCAGGUGGACCAUCCAGGGCGAGGGACAUCAGUGCAUCGCACCAUCACCGUUGUCCUACGUCCCAAUCGCCGGGUCAGAGUUGACUGAUAAAAUGACGUUUUGUGAGAGAUUAAAAAACGUCUUUAUGUAUUUGUUUACGAGACUCCAAGUGGCGUACGUCACAGACUCAACCUAUAUGUCGUUUGUCCAUCGCUACUUUGGCCCGGACGUUCAUUACAUGGAGUUGUUCCAGGACGCGGACAUCUGGCUCAUGAGGAACGACUUCACCUUUGAGUUUCCUCGUCCCACCAUGCCCAAUGUUGUGUACAUGGGCGGAUUCCAGUGCAAGCCCUCCAAGCCACUCGCCCAGGAUCUCGCCGACUUUGUCCAGAGCUCUGGAGAACACGGGGUCGUCGUCAUGUCCUUGGGCACCUUGGUGGGACAUCUCCCCGACGACGCGGCGGAGGAAAUCGCUGGCGCUUUCGCGCAGCUACCGCAGAAGGUCAUCUGGAGGCAUACGGGGAAGAGGCCCGCCGCCCUCGGCAACAACACCCUACUGGUGGACUGGCUGCCCCAGAACGACCUCUUAGGACACCCCAAGACCAAAGUGUUCGUGGCCCACGGGGGAACCAACGGAGUCCAGGAGGCCAUCUACCACGGCGUUCCUAUCCUCGGCCUGCCUCUGAUGUUCGACCAGAGCGACAACCUCUCUCGGAUGAAAGCCAAAGGUGGCGCCAAGGUGGUGGACAUAGCCUACCUGAACCGAGACAACUUCCUGGAGGCGCUGAGGGCGGUCCUGGAGGACCCGUCCUACAGAGAGAACAUGCAGAGGCUCUCUAGGCUGCACAAGGACCAGCCCAUGAAGCCGCUGGACCAGGCCAUGUUCUGGAUUGAGUACGUCAUGAGACACAAGGGAGCUCCUCAUUUGAGGACACAGUCGUUCAGGAUGUCCUGGAUUCAGUACCACUCUGUUGAUGUUAUAGCUACAUUACUGGCAGCCCUUUUGCUUACUUUACUGCUCUGUUUAUCCUCUGGAAUGUUUUUGUGGCGUAAAGUGUUUUGUAGGAGGAAAGUGAAAAGAGAUUGAUAAUGACGAGGAGCUGGGUUUCCCACAGAAAAUGUGCUGGUCAAAUUGGUAGGGUGAGGCUUGCUGAUGCCCCGGUCUGCAGAUAAGGGAGACUGCCGUUGGAAUGAAAGGCAGAAAAAAUGGAUAAAGUAACACGGCGGAUAUCGCUCAUUAGAAAAAAGAAACCUAGACUACAACGUAGUCAAGGCGGCGGGCGUAUGUUGCCAAGGCGGUCGCCUUCACUGCAAAGUGCUGCGGGAAACCCUGACGAGGAGGUGUGAAUUCUGUAAAGGUACUGUGUCAUUUACGUAAACCAACAAAUGAUUUAUUGAGGAUAAUUGGUAUAUUCACUAGUAACUUUGUAACAGAUAUGCAUUGAAGUGUUGUGGUCAGCAUUGGUAUCAUGGAAUAAAGUAAAAAUAGGAUGAUAGCUUUUUGCUUAAUUUAUGGCAGAACUUAAAUUAGCACUAAUUUGUUUUAUACUGAAUCGAAUUGAUUUAGCAGAUGUUAAACAGACAGAUGCUCAUGACAUUUUGCACAGGGGAGUAUUUGAACCUGUAACCUCUUCAUCUUCAGUCAAAAGCUCUAACCACUGAGCUA